AUAUGUGUUGGAAGAAAGCUCCUUCCUUAACUUUCCUGCUCCUUCUCAUGCUUUUGAUGAGUGGCAGUUCCUUUUCAAAAGAUGAACUGAAGCUGCUUCAUGCUGAAGAACACGACAGAUUUCCCUGUAUAGGUUGUGUAGCUGUGGUGUCUAUAAUAGAACAGUUUUCUCAAGUCCACAACUCUACAGUAAAAGCAGCUCUGGAAAAACUCUGUACCUACUUACCUGUGUAUGGUUUUCCAGGAACAUUCCACCUACAAGGUAUUUGUUUUCUGCUUGUUGAACUGUAUGGACCAAAGAUUAUUAAACUGAUAGAAACUAAAAUGAAUGCAGAUGUGAUAUGCCAUUCCAUUCAAAUAUGUAAGAAGAGGGCAGGCCAACCAUAUUGUCAUCUAUACUCUCCUCCUAAGGAAGGGUUUAGCAUGGCCAUAAAGAAAUUAGAAAGAAUGUUUGCAGCUGGAAGCCAGAAAUACAGUUAUGAGCUAUCAUUUGUAUGUACACUUCCUUUUAUGAGGAAUCUGUGCCAGAGAAUUGAAUUUUCUCUCAAGAACAAGUUACCAUUCAUAGAUCUUGAUGGAGAUAACUUUAGUACUUACCCGAAUUUGCGAGGGUAUUACUGGAGAGGCCAAGACUGUGACGAUAUGAAUGCUGCUGUGUACCCGGGUAGACGCCCUGAGGCCUGGGAUGUGAAGGAGGAUUCCAACUGUAAUGGCAUAUCAGGUGUUGAUUCAAAAGAUGGCAUUCCUUAUGAACAGAAAUUCUGCAAUGGCACAGGAUCCAGGGGUAUAAUUAUGCUGGGAGAUUCUGCUGGAGCUCUGGCUCACCUUCCUCCAGAAUGGAUAACAGCAUCACAGAUAUCACCGAAAACGUAUUCCAACUUUCUUGAUGUAAUUAGCAAUGAACUUGACUGGCCUCAGUUUUCAACAGUCACUGGAUUUCUCAAUUCCACAAUUGGAGGAUGGACAGAGUCACUCUACCUCAUAUUACACAGAAGAAAUCGCUGCAAUCAUAGAGAUUACCAGAAUAUUUCUAAAAAUGGUGCCUCUUCAAGGAAUGUCCUACAUCUUGUACAAAGCUUAGCAAGGAAGCAAUACUCUGACAAACCGGCAAUAGUUAUUUUUGCAAUGAUUGGGAAUGAUGUCUGCAAUGGACAUCCAGACACAUUGAAAAAAAUGACACAGCCCAAGGAAAUGCACUCUAACGUUGUGAAGACUUUGCUUUACCUGGACAGUCAUCUUCCAAAAGGGAGCCAUGUGGUUUUGAUUGGCUUAGUAGCUGGUAGCUUCAUCUGGGAUACCAUGCACAGCAGAUACCAUCCUCUUGGUCAGCUAAACAAAGAUGUCACAUACGAACAAUUUUAUUCUUUUCUUAGUUGUCUUCAGAUAAAUCUAUGCAAUGGCUGGUUGAAUUCAAAUGGCACACUUAGGAAUCUGACUACAGAGAGAGCCAUGCAGCUUUCCAAUGUCUUGAAAGAAAUAGCAAAAUCUGAGAAAUAUGCCAAUUUUGACAUUUUCUACAUGGAUUUCCCACUGAAAGAAAUUAUUGUGAUGUGGCAGAAUAUGGGAGGAGAGAUCUGGCAACUAUUAGAACCCAUGGAUGGAUUUCAUCCUAAUCAGAUUGCUUCUGCCCUUGAAGCAAGAAUCCUCUGGAAGAAGCUCCUCCAGGAAAGGCCUGAUAUUCUUGGAAAAGAAAAUCCAUUCAACAGUGAGAUUGCAGCAAUCUUUCAUGGUCAGGGACACUGAUAUUAACGUUACAAGAGUGGGCAACCUUUUUCCACUGUUGCUUUCACUCUCUCUUAAUCUGAGUAAAAACAAAACACCUUUUUUUUCUGCA